UGUCCAUUACAAGGGUAAACAGGGGAAAGAUCUGAUCGGUUUUAAUCGUCACGAGCAAAUGGCCCAUGUAAAAUAGGUCACCAACCCGAUAAAGGACACGGGUCUAGAACUUCCCAGCAGGGGUUGAAAGGCUACUUAUUGAUCUCUCACUACGUUGGGGGUCAAAGGGACUAAUCAUUUACACACUGAAAGACUGGGAGCCAAGGAGUGCGUCCACUGGCACAUUUUUAAAUACAUUUAAAAAAAAAAAAACGGAUCACAACCAACUCCAGAUGACGCAGCACUGAAUAAUCCAUGAAGGAAGAAUGAAGAUCCUCAUACUGAUGGUGCUGGUACCAGUGGCAGUCCAGUCCAUCAUGUUCCAGCCUCUGGACUGUGCAGACAUUUACAACGCUGGCUUUAACAUCAGUGGGGUCUACAGGAUUUAUCUGGCUGGGCCCAGCUCCCCCCUCUACGUUUACUGUGACAUGGAAACCGAUGGAGGGAAGUGGACGGUGUUCCAGAGAAGGAUGGACGGCACUGUGAACUUCUACAGGGGCUGGGAUCAGUACAAGAGUGGAUUCGGUGAUGUAAAGACAGAGUACUGGCUGGGUUUAGAGACCAUCCAUCUCCUCACUCUGAAGAAGAGGUACGAGCUGAGAGUGGACAUGGAGGACUUCCAGGGAGCCAAGGUCCAUGCCAAAUACUCCUCCUUCUCAAUUUCUCCUAAAGCAAUCAAUGCUGAAAGUGAUGGAUACACACUCCAUGUUAGUGGAUUCAAAGAUGGUGGAGCAGGAAAUUCCCUAGAUUCUCACAACAACCAGAAGUUCUCCACCUUUGAUCGAGAUCAGGAUCCUUACUCUAGCAACUGUGCACUGGACCAUCUGGGAGGGUUCUGGUAUAACCAGUGUCACACUGCAAACCCAAAUGGUAUUUACAUGUGGGGGGCAGUGGACACCCGUGCACUAAGUUGGUAUCACUGGAAGUCGAGCUACUACUCUAUGAAGGCCAUCGCUAUGAAGAUGAGGCCAGUGAAUCUCCCCUGAGGAGCACCUGAAAUACUCAGGGACUGAAGCUGACACUAUCUGUCAAAUCAAGAGUCUGUACCUAUAUAAGCAUACAUUCCAACUGUAACCAAAUACAUUUGUGUGUUUGUAAAUUCUAAAGCCUAACAAGUAUACUGAAGUUAUCAAUAUAAUGAUGUUAAUUUAGUUAUUUCCCGUAAUGAACAAUUCAUCCGGGUGUGGGCUGUUUACUGCACACACAAGCCCCACUUUGCUAGCAUGUUUUCCUGUAAAGAGGACACUUCAUCUGAAAUAUCUACACCUGCCUUACAACAGCACCAAACCGCUCUGGUAAUUUAAUCAUGUGAUUCACAUGUUUUAAAUGAUAUUAAAAUACGUACAACACUU